CAUGAAUGCAAAGUUACGUCCCUUUGAAAGCGGAAAAUUUGAACAUAAUUUAACUGUGAAAAAGGUUUAUUUUUCAGGUUACUCAAGAUGGAUGACAAAUCAGACAGAGUAAAAUCUUUAGAAGAGGAGUUGAAGGAUCAGCAACAAAAACUGUACAAGGCAGCAGAGUUAGGGAAGAUGCUCCUGGAUGAAAAUGAAGAAUUAAAAACAAAAAUGGAUGAAAUCAGGAAGUCUGCUGACAAGAAAGUGGAGUUAAUAGAGCAGGAGAGACACACAAUUCAGGUGAAGCUGGAACAGAAGAAUAGCAUGGAGGCGUGGUAUAAUGAAGAAAUAUCCCAUCUAAAGCAACAGUUAGCUGACAGAAACAGCAAUCUACAAGAAACACUGGAGUCUGAAAAACAGCAGGAAGUUAACAGGCUUACAAGACAAAUUGAUGAACUACGUGCAGACUUGGAUCAAGCAGCUGUUGUGGAAUCCCAGUUGAGGCAGAGGAUGUCUGAAACAGAAGAUUUACUCAAAGAGAGGCUGAAUCAAACUGAGGCUGACAUUGGGUCAAGGACAUUUGGUACAUCAGAGGAAGUCAGUAUUCUGCAAGAGGAAGUGGAAAAUCUUCAGCUGGACGUUACAAGUUUGAAGUCCCAACUGAUAGAGAAGAAGUCUGAGUUAAAUGCCACUGUGUCAGAAAUAGAGAAUCUGCGAGGGAGACUUGUUGCACGUGAUGAGGAGUUAGAAGACAUCAAAUGUCAGUUCACCUCUGUGAAUAAUAUGCUGGAGCAAGUGAGAAUGGAGAAACUGGAUUUGAACUGCCAGUUAGAUGCUCUUCGAAUGGAGACUAGCUCUCACAGGAAAAAAGGCAACUCACUUUUCUCAGAGCUGGAUGAUCGCCGUGUAGAGGCAGAGAGCAAACUGAUUGCACUAACUGUGGCAAAUCAGACACUUCAAGAGAAAUACAGUGUCGAGAAACAACAAAACAACAAGUACAAAAGACAGAUAUCACAGUUAUUGCUACAGAUGAGCUCUGGCAGAGUGGACAGCGAGUAUGUGACUAACCUAGAGUCAAAGCUUGCCCAAGCAAGAAAUGAAUUGAAGACAUUAAUGGAGGAAAAAUCACAACUGCUUGAUAAACAGCAGACGGAGAUGAAGCUAGUUUCAGGCUUGAGUAACACAGACACUGAAGACCAAGAUUACAAAGAGUAUCUUGUUACUGUUAUAAAAGGCAAAGAGCAAGAGUUACAGAAGACCAAGCAGGAGCUGAACCACAAAAAUCUACUCUUGUUAGACCAGAAAAGUCGAACGUCCAGUCAAGAUGCCAAAAUUGUACAGCUUGAAGCAGAAAAGGACAGGUUACGCAGCCAUAACAUGAAACUAUCAGUCAAGCUGGAAGAAUUAAGGCUAAAAUAUGACCCAGAUUCAGUGAAGAAGUCUGGAGUCUUGGUUGUAAAAAGGACUGAAAAAAUACCCCUGGAUGACCAGGAUGAAGUGAACAUCACAGAAACUACUUUGAAUGACACAGCCAUUAACCAGUCACAAAGUGUACAAAAAACUAGUGGAGAAAAUUCACAACCAUUGGUAGAAAAAGUGAACAAUAUUCAGAAAACAUUAACCGAACCAGAAAAAUGUACAUUUUCUAAGUACAUUAAAAAAAAAUCGGUGUCUAUUUCAGACGAUGUGACAGAACACACGAUAGAGAGAGAAAGUGACCAGGACAGAGGAUCUGAAAACGAACCUGAUAUUAAACAGAAAGGCCGAAAACUCACUACAGUCAAACAUAUAUCUAAUGUUAAACCCACAAUGGAUGUAAAUGAAUGUAAAAGUCAAUAAAAACAUUUGCCAGUUUUACCUUUUCUUAUUUUUCAGUUGAGAAAGCACUUGUUAGUCUUGAAAGCAAAGCAUUUAGACAGCUUUUUCUCACUUUAGUCAGAGGAUGAAAUCAAAUUUUAUUAAAAAUUGUUCUACAGUUUUCCUUGAAUAAACAGGAUUUUUUCCAGAUUUUAGGGAAGAUAUCAAAUUUGGUUAAAUGUGUUGUAAAAUACUAUUUGGGAAAAAAUAAAUGAAAGAAACUGAUACACUAUUGCUAGCAGUUGUAGAUGGAGCAGAGUUACCUAGUGUCAAUAGAGCUGACAUUUUGUAGUUUUAAAGAUGGUCAACCACAAGUAGCAUUUUAGGACAUUUUACAGUUUUUGUAUUUUCUAUGAGAUAUUUUUAAGGAAUAAAAGGACCCAUUAUAAUUUAUUACUUUUUAUGAAAUAUUGUAAUCACCCCCCUUUAAUAUAAAAGUAUUUUAAAAAGUGGA